AUGGCUGCCUACUCUGCCGUUACUGUUUUCCGGCACACACUGGAGCAGCUGCUUGAUUCCGACCAGUUUUCUCCUCAUAUUUCUAAGACUCAAAUCAUAUCCCUUCAUGAAAAAGUCUGCUCCUUGCAAUCGUCUCUUGACAAAAUCUCCUUCGUUCCUAAACUAAAAAGAGACAAAAUGAAGGAUCUGCAAAACAGAAUUAGAGAUGCCAUCUACGCAGCUCAAGACGCGGUUGAUUAUUGGAACAGAGGCCAUUCACCGCAAGGAUCCGGUGAAAAAACCAUGAAGAAGCUCGAAGAGGACAUAAAACUCGUAGAAGAAGAUGCUGUGGUGCUGGAGAAGGAGAUCAGAAAUGACCCUAAAGCUGAAAAUCUGUUCUUGGCUCAGCCCUCGUUCAAUUUCAGCGGAAAGGAUAAGAUCGUAGGGCAGGAGGAAGACUUCAAAAAUGUGGUGGAGAUAUUGGUAGAUGAUAAACAUAUGCUUCAAGUGAUUCCCAUCACCGGGCUGCCUGGCAUCGGUAAAACAACUCUUGCUAGAAGUAUCUACGACGACAAACGAAUAAGGAACAGUUUCAGACUCAGUAUUCAUUCUUGGGUUACUGUAUCACAAGACGUCAACUACCAAGAGUUAUUAUCAAAGAUCUUAAGUAGCAUGGAGAGCAGAGGCUCUCAAGCAGGGGACCACGCCACCCAGGGUGACGAGGACCAAUUGCGCGUCAACCUGCAUCAGACAUUGUACCAUAACAAGUACCUGAUCGUGCUGGAUGAUGUCUGGGAUAUCAUGGUUUGGGAUCAGGUGAGAUUGUCAUUACCGGAUAACAAGAACGGCAGUCGAAUUCUUCUCUCCACCAGGAUUUCCAUUUUGGCUGAAACAGUCAGAAACUCUAAUUUUAUGCAUGAGAUGAAGCCGCUGGGGCUGAAACACAACUACAAGGAUGAUAUUACCAAUGCCUGCCUUGCUCACUUGAAGGAUACUGGAAGGAGAAUCGCUGACAACUGUAAGGGUCUUCCUCUCUCAAUUACGGUCAUCGGUGGCCUACUCUCUCGGGAGAGAUUGGACCCCGACUACUGGAAACGGAUUGAACAAGAUACUGCUGGUUUUGCUGCAAUUGGUGACGACUCUUACAUGGAGAUCUUGUCCCUCAGUUACAAUAACUUGCCUGCUUAUCUCAAAGGGUGCUUCCUUUACAUGGGAGCAUUCCCUGAAGAUGCUGGGACACGUGUCUCUAAACUCAUCAAACUUUGUGUUGCUGAAGGCUUCUUCCCAAAACCAUCACUGCCCACACAAACCAUGGAACUUGUGGCACACAAAGCAUUGGAGAAUCUUAUAGGCAGAAAUCUCAUCGCAAUUAGCGAGAAAAGCUCCAACGGCAAUUGGCAGAGAUAG